AUGGCCUGGGCCAUUAACCACUACCGCGACAACGCCAUCACCUACAAAGACCAGCGCGACAAAGCCACCAAAAGUCUCCGCCUGGCUAACGACACCAUCAAAGACAUGCAGACCCGUCAGCGUGAUGUCGCUGCACUGGAUGCCAAAUACACCGGAGAACUGGCUGAUGCGAAAGAAACCAUUGAGCGUCUGCAUAGCGAUGUCAUUGCUGGCCGUAAGCGGCUGCAAGUCGCCGCCACCUGUGCAAAGUCAACGACCGGAGCCAGCAGCAUGGGCGAUGGAGAAAGCCCAAGACUUACAGCAGAUGCUGAACUCAAUUAUUACCGUCUCCGAAGUGGAAUCGACAGGAUAACCGCGCAGGUUAACUACCUGCAGGAAUACAUCAGGACGCAAUGCCUGAAAUAA